AUGGAUGGGCCGCCCUACGAGAUGGUCCUUACCAUACGCCACAAUCUAAAAUACCUCCUUUUGUUGACAUUACUGGCCGGCGGAGUGUACGCGCAGAUUGGCGGAAUCGGCGGAGGCUUUGGGACGGGCGGAGGCCUCGGGGCGGGUGGUGGAGCUCAACAGGCGGGUGGAUUCCCACAACAAAACAUUGGUCCACAGGAUGCGGGUAAUCUGUUCACUGGUACCGGUAAUACCGCCUUUUAUGGCGUCAAUCUGGUUGGAUUUGGGCCGGACUUUGGCGAUCAUCAAGUUCAUCCGGGCUUAUUGACAGCCGGUCAGACCAUCGAUCUUCAUUCCUACUUCCCUUUCUAUGGUGGACUUUAUAACUAUACCACAGUAAGGUUUAAAUUGCAAGAAAUUUCCUUACAAAACAAAAAAUGGCAAGUACUUUCUUUACAAAACAAAAAAUGGCAAGAACUUUCUUUACAAAACAAAAAAUGGCAAGAAAUUUCUUUACAAAACAAAACAUGGCAAGAACUUUGUUUACAAGGUAAAAAACGGCAAGAACUUUCCUUACAAAACCAAAAAUGGCAAGAACUUUCUUUACAAAACAAAAAUUGCAAGAACUUUCUUUACAAAACUAAAAAUGUCAAGAACUUUCUUUACAAAACGCUGUCAUACUCAAAAGUCAUUUUCUAAUUCCAGAUCUCAGUAAACGGCUACAUGUCCUUUGCCACCGUACUCGACCAAGGCCCAACCAUCAAUGUUGGACCGGACGCAACGGACUGGCCUCGACAACAAGAUCCAGCCAUGAUCGCUCCAUACCUCUGCAAACAGCAGAUCAAUCAGAAUCGAGGCCCAGCUCAACGUGCCGGCAUCUACUACCGGAUGGUGAUGCGACAGAACAUGUUCGGCCGCGGCGGUGGUAACAUGAACAUCGAAGGGCCAACGAUGGAAGGAUCCUCAAUGUUCGGCUAUCGUACCCAAACCUGCCCCGGGCAGGGCGAUUCCUACGUCCAGUGCUCGGCCCAAGGCGACUAUUUCCUGGACGAAAUGAUGCGAUGGCUUCAGGAAGGUGUAGCCGGCGCCAAUGCCUUCAGGGCCGACAUGGCUUUGGUCGUCACCUGGUACAACACCGCCUCAGCACUGUCAGGUCGAGCCGACAUGGAUGCGGGACAGCUAGCAACGUACCAAGUGGUAUGGUUGGCCGAAAGAUCCGCCCGACUCAGCUAUGUCAUGCUGAACUACGACAAACUCGGCUUCGACGCCGCCGACAUCCGAAUGAACUCGAGGUCGGGCAGGUGUCAGGCCUUGUUCAAUGGUGGAAAUCAUACCGGUAUGGUACUGGUCGACCCAACUCAAGAGUACAAAAACACUCCGAAAGUACUGGCUCAACGGUCGGGUGUACCACACAUGGUUCGUGGCCGAUACAUGUUCAGGGUGGAUGAUGUCGUACGACCUGGAGGAUGUUCGAACAAGACUGGUGGAACUUACCCCAUCAUGAUCUACCCAAAUAUUGUGAAUAUGUUAGGAGAAAUGAGUGUUGAUAUCAAUGCAAUCUGUUUGGACAGAAGUCAGACCUAUAUAUUGAUGAUUGAGCAGCGUCAGGUAUGUUGUUAUAGGCUCUUUGAGGGUAUUUUUGUCGAAAACCUUAAAUUCCUGCUAUUUCUUAAUUGAUUCUAGGAAAAAUUGAAGCACUUUAUUUCUAUCAAGGAUAUAUCUUGAUAUUUAACACAUAACUGAUAAGCUAAGCAUCCAUUUACUACCCAAAUUCACUUUGUUUUCCAAUUAACGUUGAUAUUAUUAUAGACAGCCACGUGUCAAGUAAUAAACCCAGCGUUAGCUAGAUGCCAUCUACCGAAAAUCUACGAUUGGGGUACUAAAACCGUCUACUUCCAACCACAAAGUAUGGGAGCAAACGAUGAAAAAGCUUUUGUUGGCUACAUUUACUUUGGUAAGUGUUAUGGGUAGUGUAAUAUAGCCGGCUUUUAAGGGAAAUAUGGUUUGAAUUAGAAGUAGUUGUGGAUUAUAAGUUGUAAAAUAAUUCAUGGACGAUUUUAAGACAUAAACUUGGAUUCAGAAGUAACAAUUCAAUGAGAUUUUGCAUUUUUCCAAUUUCGGGUAUCAAGUGUAAUAUCGGUUUUUCUCGUUUUAAUCCAAAAAAGUUACAUAACUAUCGAAAGUUAUGUUUUAAAAAUUGUAAAAAACCAUAAAGUAACUUUGAAAAACUUUCAUUUGACGAAUCACCUCCAUUUUGCUGGGAUUCAGGCUUCUCUCAGAUAUCAAGUGUAAUAUUGGUUUUGGCGACUUUAAAGCAAAUAACUAAAAAUCUGUCAAAUUUAUGUUUUAAAUAUUGUAAAAGACCACAGGGUAGCUUUUAAAAACCACUCUUGUAUCCACAACACCCAUUUCUUAAAGUUCCAAGCAUUUUUUCCACCAUCAAAUACCAAGUGUAAUAUAAUCACGUUGCAUAAACAUUUUAGUCCCGCCAACGUUGGAUCCGAUGAGAUUAGACAUAGGAAACAUUUACGAUUGGUACAAGAAUCCAAUUCCAUAUGUAGCAAUGCCAAUUUCCUGGUUUCCGCGCAAUUUCACGAAUCCUGACAUCAAUUACCUGGAUAACACUCAAGUUCGCAUCUCUGACGACGCUUUGUACAGUGUGCAGCUGGGAUUAUACGUUGUUGGGUAUAAAGAAAGCGAUGAUAAUCAGGUGUGUGAUAAAUCCAUUCAAUAUUACCUAAAUUUUAACAAAAUAAAGCAAGUUUUACCUGAUUUUCCGUUUGACUUCAGAGCUAUAUUAUACAUGCCGUUUUAGAUCAAAAAAUUCCGUCCAGAUCACCGAGUUUUGUGUCGUUUGGCCACAUAUUCGAACAGAAAUCAGCCCGAAUACAGAUGGACCGCUCAGAAGGAGCGAAUCAACAUUAACCAAGUGGAACAAUGGUACAUGACGGAUUGGGAGCGCAUGCACGAACUCUUCACUUAUCGCGUUGGAUAUCUGAAACUGGCGCCUCUGAGGGGUAAUGAACAACAAUAUGUGGCUCCUCAUUUGUUGUCUGGGUAAAUAUUUUUCGUGUAGCAACGUGACGAAGUUGAUUUACAUCUGAUUUUGUGGAUUUCGGAACAAAAACGGAGGGAAAGGGUGCGCGCAGGUGGCGGAGGAGAGCUGCAGCCUGCACGAUCGAGUUAUACGCUGGUUCUUUGUUUUUUUUUGUAAACUACGUCGUUAAAAAUGAAUUGUCUUUGAUUUACAAUGUAUAUUAAUGUAUAUUGAUGUGUUUAAUUAACUUAUCAACCUUAUUUUAGCCUAGUAAGCGCCCCAAUCUCACUUCACUGGCUCUGGACCACCAAUAACCCUCGAUUCGAUACCACAACAUACACCACCCAAGAAUCAGAUGCCCGCCAAGAGUUUGUGGUCGAAAAAGCGACGGAAAUGUGUCACGAUUGGUACGAUGAGGAUGGAGCUCAAUGGAACUUCAUCCGAGACACCGAGACCAACUCAUCUUGUCCUUGUGUCGAGAGUCAGGCCAAAUACGAUCUGGGCAGGUUCAUGCCACAUCCACGUUGCUCACAGACCUUUAGAGAUAUCACGUGUACUUCGAUGAUUGGUGCCAAGAAUUGUUAUAUGAGUGCGUCGAACAUCUUUGGAGCUCAUGCUGGAAAGACCAUCAAUUAUGGUUAUGAGGCGGAGAGAACGAGGUAGGGAAGAGGAUGGAGUGUAGGUUGGGCAGGGUAUAGAAAGGUUAGGGUAAUUUAAGUUAGAGCAAGAUGGGGUAAGUAAGGGUAGUGUAGGAUAACAAAGGGUAGGGUAGGAUAAGGGAGGAUAGUGUAGGGCUGGGUAGAAUGGGUCAAUAUUGUGACAAUUUAAUUUUUUUUUAAAUUUUGAAAACGAUUUUUUUAAAUUUUUAUUUUUCAGUUUGUUCCCAACCCAUUAUGGUCAAGUCUGUUGUUAUGACGAGCGAGGUUUCUUACAACAAACCACUUAUCAGCCAGUAAUCAAGGUAAAAUUUUUUUUACAUUUAUUUUAUUUUUACCAUACAUCCUACCCUACUCUACGCUAUGUUAUCCUACUUUAUCUUACCCUAAACUACCCUAUCCUACCCUAAAAAAUGUCUUUAAAUUUUUUUUUAUUUUCAAAUUUAAAAUUUUAGGUAAUUGAAGAAACCCCCUACAACCCGGGCUUCCCCCUUCGAGCCUACGAGUUUGGUACUUCGCCUUAUAUGGGUCAGUUCGAGGUGCCAGGCCUCAGUGCCUUCCACCACGACUAUAUGCCAUACUUUUUGUGUUGCAAGUUCGCCAAGUUCCGGUGUCAACUGUUCUACUGGCGUCGCCCCUCCUCCGGCUGUCAGCAAUAUCAACCACCAGCGGUGGGUGAGGCCCUAGGGGCAGGUACCUUCCAUACCGUAGACAACGAGAAGUUCAUCUUCAACGAGCCGGGCGUCUACACCUUGUUGUACAUCCCGAAGACCGUGUUCACGCCGGAAGUGCGGAUUCAAGUACGGCUGGAACGGUACCCGAAUCGACGGGUCGAUUUCAGUUUGCUCGGUCGAUAUCUUAGUCAAGAACAGCUGGUACAGCCAACCAAUGCUACAGUAAUCACUGGAAUAGCGAUAGAAGCGUCAGGUACCGACAGAGUACACGUACUGUCCAGAGGCGAUACUCGCCGAUUCAGAUACCGUACCAGUGUUAUUGUAGGUAACAUAUUACGGUACUUUGACACGAUGCAUCUACAACGCUUCAAAGGAGUACUGAUCUAUGUUAACAACGUCGAGAGAGGCCAACCUGAAGUGUACGUGGUGUUGGAAGAGGCACAGAUCGGUGUGAGGAUUAGAGAAAGUUACAGUAUGGACAUCGACAGAAUGCCACAGUAUCAGGAAUCCAUGGGAAUGCUGGACAUACAGCUCAGUGUACCUCCACAGUAUGGCGUGGUAAGUUGGGGAUAGUAGGAUCAUAGUGGUAUAUUACCCUACCCCCUACCUCUUACCCUCUACCCCCUACUCUUACCUUGCUUCUACCCUGCCUGCCCCUGUCUCAGUACUUGCCUACCCCUUAUUCUUCCCUUACCUGCUCCACUCGGCUUUACCCUGCCUUAGCAUUUGCCUUACUAUGGCAUACUCUGUUGUACUCUACCCUAAUAUGGCAUCUACUCUUUAACACCUAUAUUCAUAUAAAUAUUUUUGUAGAGGCCAGAUGGAGACAAGACUCGUGAACAAGAACAACGUCAGCGAUUCGCUUUGCCAAGAGUAGCUGGACUGUUAAGGCCAUUCCCAGAAACGGCGACAGGAAGCUUCAUGAACACGAUCACGUUGAACGAUGUGAAUUCGGAACAGAUUCGACAACAAAUCAUCAAUAAUUGUAGGUCUACUACAAUAUUUUUGGUACUGAAACUAGGAUAGUACUAAGUGUUAUGACAUUUUUUACUAGACUAAGCAAUUUUUUUAACUUUGAAAUUACUGUAGAUUACUGUAUUAUAAAAAUUUAAUGAAAUAUGUGGAUUGAGAUUACUGUAGGUUACUGUAACAUAAGGACUUAAUGAAGCAUAUUACAGACAAAGUACCAGGAAGUGGAGAAGCCUUCACCGACUACAACCAAGGCACUCUCAAUCAGUACAUACCUACUGAUAACAUGUUCAGUACGAGCAGAGAAGAAGACAAGAAAUUCGAAGUUUUCCCUGAGGCUGUCAUGAAGAAUCAACCCAUUUACAAGACGUCUGAAGCCUAUGAAACGUAGGUUCUCUACCCUAUCUGCCCCUGCCUUACCUUACCCUACCCUACCCUACCCUAUAAUACCCCACCCUACCUCACCCUACACUACCCUAUCCUUAAUGGACACAGGAGCUGGUUUUGGCUCGGUCAUGGGGCCCAGAUGUUUUGGCUAGGCUCCCGUUCCCUUCUUUCAAUUUUGCUUCGGCCCGGCUUCUUUUGAGUUCUAUACUAACCUAAAAAGAAUGUUACAGUAACCCUGGCGUACUGUUUUUUUCCCUAAUUUACCGUAGCCCCCUACCUGUUUUUGCCCUACCAUGCUAUGCUUUACCUUACUCUAGCUUAAUACUAUAAUACCUCGAAUUUCAUUUUCUUUAUUUUUUAAAAAUUUUUAUUUAAAAUGUUACAGUAUUACCUACCGUACCCUUUCUUACCUUAGCCCCCCCCCCUCCACCAUAGCCGAUUUUACCUUAACAUGGUAUACCCUACAUUACUGGAGCUUUAUUCUAGUCCAAGUUUUCCAUUUUCAAACGAUUUUUUUAAUUUCAUUAAAAAUGUUACAGUAUCGCCUACCGUUUCCGACCGAUGACCGGUCAAGAGCUUCAACAACUCAUCAAUUAUUGCGCUGAAUUGGCCGGCUCUAACACUAGUAAGUAUAUCAUAAUGGGAAAAAUGCAAUACUUUUUGAAAUUUUUAUUUUUAAAAAACGCGCCAUUCUUUUUGCAUCAACUAAAAAAUAAGCUAAAAAUGCCAUUUUUCAAUAGAUUUUUAUUAGAAAAUGACAGCUUUUGUAUUAAAUUUGAAUUUGGUAUGAUGUGCGGACUAAAAUGGCGCAUUUUGAUUUUAAUUUCAAGCGUCAUUCUUUAUGCAUCAACUGAAAAUUGCCUUAAAAUUCGAUUUUUCAACCAAAAAUGCCGUUUUUUAAUUGAUAUUUGUUAGAAAAUUAAAGUUUUUGAAAGAAAUUUAAACUUUCUAUGAUGUGCGGACUAAAAUGGCGGAUUUGCAUUUUAGUUUUAUGCGCCAUUCCUUAUGAAGCAACUAAAAAACUGCCUAAAAAUGCCCUUUUUUCAACUUUUUAAUGACAUUUUGAACCAUAACCCCCUUUGAAAUCACUAAUUUUAGUCAACAUGCAACCACUAGCUGGCCAAGUCUUCCAAGACUCGGCCUACAACCGUUGCCCGGACAAUCCGCAGAAGAUCCUCACGGAUUGCGGUGAUAACGUGCCGUGCCUCUACGAUUACACCAUGAUGAACGCCGAGAUUCUGGGGAAUGAAGCCAAAAACGCGUGGAAUGCCUUCGUUUACGAUCGGAAUCAGGCCAUCAGGCAAUGUAAGAGGCGUUAAAGUUUGUUUUUUAUUGAAAAGAUGGAAAAUAAUGUAUUAGACUUGGGCGCAGACUGCGGAAUGGUGUUUUGCAGCCUGCAGCGAUUUUUCAAAAUUUUUUGAAAAUUUCAAAGUGUGGUCUGGUAAAAAAGGUUUAAAUUUAUGAUGAAGAAUAGUAAUUUAGGAAAAAAAUUUUUAAUUUUGUGAAAGGCUAGGGCGCAGCUUACGAAGUGGAUUUCUGCGGUCUGCGCCAAACUUUGCCAUUUUUAAUGUUUCAUAUAUCAAAUAGCAUUAAAAAAGUAUAAUUAGGGUUGGAAAAUAUUCAGAACAGUCUUCUACAAUAAUAUUUUUUAAAUUUUUUACAGUUAAGCUCGGACGAAACUCGUAAAACGGGUUUCAGCCUGCGCCAUAGUUUUGGCAGUCUUUUGCCAUUUUUAAUGUUUUUAAUGAUUAAAAUAAUAUAAUCUAUGGCAAAAAAGCAGAAAGUAGAAAUAAAAAUAAGUAAAAAAUCUUAUUUCUGCCAUUUUAGACAACAGUUGUGGUCCAAUCAUGAUUGAAUACCCUGAAUAUCUGAUGAAGACGCCAGCCUUGAGUCCAAGUUACCUUGAAGGAGACACCGCCCGAUUCGAAUGCUUCCAAACUCAUUGGAUUCGUGGUGAUAGCGAAUAUAAAUGUAAGUUUUGGGGGUAGAAACUUUGUUUACAAAACAUCAAAUGACAAAAGCUUUCUUUACAAGGCAUGAAAUGGCAAGGACUUUCUUUAAAGAACAAAAAAUGGCAAGAACUUUGUUUACAAACAAAAAAUGGCAAGAACUUUAAAAAAAGUGGCCCUUUUUUGAAAUCCUUCGUAUAAUUUGUCACCCGCAGCCUGCCAAAUCUCAAAUAAUUGAGAAACAGGCUAAAAAUGGCAAGAACUUUCUUCACAAACCACAAAAUGACAAACUCUCAUUUCAGGCAGUAUUGUAGUCGACUACAACAACCCCAACACCUACCGCUUCGAGUGGAACAAGGGCUGGCAGCCAUGGUGCAGAUCGCGUGAAAUGGACAAUUUCCUGAAAUGGCUGACUGCCAUCCUCUCCACGAUGGCCAUCAUCAUGGUGCUGGUGAUGAUCUUCUUCUUCUGCUGGACCGUCAAACAGAAGCAUCAACAGGAGCGGGAGCAGAAGCGCGGUCAGAAGCAGUUCACCCCGACCUACGAGGACUCGACCUACCCACCGAAGGAGUACGAAGCCGAUUUGAACGGCUUCAGAGACUUCAAACAGCCAGAGAACGAACUCAGAGCGAGAAGACCUCAAGGCGUGGUAAAUCCGGAGGAAGAUCAGUCUUUGUUGGGGUUGAAUACCAGCGUUUGA